AUGGGUAUAAAAUUGGGUGUGUGGGUGCUGGCGUGCGCCACCUUGCUGCUAAGCGGCGCGCUGCCCUGGCCGGCCGGCGACUGCCCCCGCCACUGGUGGGCCGCCGCCUACUUGCCGGACACGAGGGACUGCUCCGUCUUCUACCAGUGCGCCCACGGCGUCCCCGUCCGCUUCCAGUGCCCGGCCGAGCUGCACUUCAACCCGCACCUCUGCGUCUGCGACUACCCUAUGAGGGCCGGCUGCACAAGUCUUCACAGCCUGCAUCAUAACUCGCCUUACGGACCACACUACCGUGACGUCGUAGUGACAGCACAUGCUAAUUACGGAUUUUCGCAGUAAAACAUCUCAGUUCAGCACCGUUCAUGCUGCCAGUCAAGAGUCAUUCUAACAGGACUGUAAAUGUAUGAGUUCAAGUUUGGUAAAUAAAAG